AUGAGAAUCAAUCUUUAUGUGGCUUUUGGUCAACCUCGAGGCAGAGAUCCUCGCCAUUGGAUGAUUCUUGCCGUACCCGAAGGUGCUACUCAGCGCUGCACCUACUAUCAUGUCACCGGUGGACCCACGCAAGGACAAUCAUAUGAGCUUCAAAUCCAGGCCAACAAGAGGGUGAACAGUUUUGGGAUUGCCUCUAAGGAAUAUAUCGGCACGAUCAACGAAAGCGAUGUCAACAAAUUGAAAAGUUCUGCUCAGCGAGCUCGUCUGGGCCGCUGUCAACGAUGGGUUGUCGAAGUUCUCCGAGAUCUGGAAAGAAAGGGAUUACUUGGUCCAGGGAUAGCUGCAUCCUAUGCAGCAAGGAUAGAGCCCAGUCCGAAGAAGCAAAUGCAGAUGUAUAGGGGUAUAUGA